GGGUGGGAGGAUCUCCUUCAUUCAGCAGUAACUCUUCAUCAGACUCUGAAGAGACAGACAGAAUAAAGAUCCCAGCGGUGAGACGGAGGGAGCAAACACAGCUCUCUCUCUCUCUUUCAAGUGUUUCUCAGCAAGUGUCUGGAUGGAGGGAGACGGAGAUGUGGAGCUCACACAGAGUCCUGAGACUCUCACAGAGGACGAUGUGUGUGUGAUCCAGGACACGUGGAGACCCGUCUAUGAGAACCGUGAGAACGCUGGAGUCGCUGUGCUCAUCAGGUUCUUUGGGAACUUUCCAUCAGCGAAGCAGUACUUCAGUCAGUUCCGCGACAUGGAGGAUCCCGAGGAGAUGAAGCAGAGCGUCCAGCUGAAGAAACACGGCCUGCGGGUCAUGACCGCCCUCAACACGCUGGUGGAAAACCUGCGCGACGGAGACAAACUCAACACAGUCUUCAACCAGAUGGGCAAAUCACACGCGCUCAGACACAAGGUGGAUCCUGUUUACUUCAAAAUUCUGGCCGGAGUGAUUCUGGAGGUGCUAGUGGAAGCUUUCCCACAAUCCUUCAGUCCAGCCUCAGUGCAGGGGGCGUGGUCUAAACUCAUGGGCAUCCUGUACUGGCAGAUGAACAAAGUCUACGCUGAAGUCGGCUGGGAAUCCAUCAAAAACUCUGCAAAGUGAAGGAGAAAAUAUGCAGAAUUAUACAACUUGCACCAAAGAUUACUGCAGAUGUGUCAUGUAUAUUUGAUUCGUUUCUAUAUUCAAAAUAUUGGAAGAAAAAAAGGACAAGUAGAAUGCAAAUACCUGUGUCAUUGUAAUCAGAGUGUCACGAGUAGUGGCUGUAGUAAUCGCACGACGCAGGAGAAUCCAAACAAACACUUCUUUAUUAAUCCACAAAGGAACAAACAGGAGCAAACUAACGCACAACCACAUGAAAUAAAGACGAUACCGGACUAUGAGACAAAGGAAACUGAGGGCUUAAAUACACAGGGGAGUAAUCAAGGUAAAACAACACAGGUCCAGGAACUAAUUAACUACCAGGGAGACUAAUAAACAGCGUUGCCAGGUCUGCGGUUUUCAAGCGGAAUUGGGCUACUUUAACACUGUUGCCGCGGGUUGUUUUUUAUGUCGGUGGGUUGAAACGACCACAAAUAACAUGAUAUUUAGCCCCUGGAAUGCUAAUUUUACCAGGGGAACCCUGACAAAAAUGCAGAUUUUACCUCCCGGAACGCGAUUUUUACCAGUGGGUGCAAUUGGGCUAGUUUUGGGCUAGUUUUAAGCAGCAAUUGGGUGGGUUUUGUUGUGAAAACCUGGCAACUGUGCUAAUAAUGAUAAGGAACACAGGCAAAACAGAACCAGAACACAAUGAAACUAAGGGUACGUUUACACGACAAUGAUGUACUAAAAACGGAAAAGUGUUUUUUCUUUGUUCAGAUGACAAUGCUAUCAAACUACCGGAUCUGCGAAAAUGACAAAAACACUGUAUUAUGUAUGCCAGACAAGUAGUUGUCGAUUUCACUUUGUAAAGAAAGAUUACGCGCCUGUGCAUACGCAUUAUUUUACAGAGCAUUUGCUCCAAACAUGCAUACCUAUCCAUCUUAUUUUUACAGUUCACUGCACUUUGACAGCCUAUUCUUCUCGUUAUUUCCCUAUAGCGGCUAAUAAAUCAGAAGUCUCGCACAUUCACAGUUAAAGGUGCAAUAUGUAAUAUUUUUGCAGUAAAAUAUCCAAAAACCACUAGGGUAGUGUUAUAUAUUUUGUUCACUUGAGUACUUACAAUAUCCCAAA